CAGGUGGGUUCUGCCAAAUUAGAGAACAAAAAAGUUAUACAAAACAACGUAGACGUGCUUCGCCAUUGUUUUUGUAUUUGGUAUUUUCAUUCUUCUGGGCAAAUGAAUUGGUUAAGAAAAGUGAAAACGAGUUUUAUAAAUAGAUACAAACAAAAAAAAAUGUGAAUAUUCUGGUGAAAAUUGAUAUUUCAUUACGCAAUGUAAUUAACGUAAUAGGCUUUAUUAAUAGAAUAGUUAAAAACAAAAAAUAAGUUGUGAAUAUUUAACCCGAAAGUUACGGCGCGUCCUACUUCGUAGGCAUUAACAUAAUAGGUCUUUUCAAAUGAGCUAUUAAAACUAUUAAAGAACAAAGAAAAAUCUAUUUUUUUUUUCUUCAAACUGGGAAGCGUAAGUAACGUAAGAUACAUUUUAUGACACUUUCAGAUCAUUAGACUGUUCGAAGCAAUCCUAAGAUAAGGAAUUGGUUUAGUUAAGAUAAAUUAAGCGUGCAUGUAUUAGGUUUUGUUGAUAGUUUUCGUUUUUUUUUGUUUUUCUUGUUUUUUACUUGAACGUUUGAUUGCUUGUGUCAAUUACAUUUGUGAAUAUAAUAACGGUUUAUUUAUAUAUUCAUAUUAUAUUUUUUGGUUGAGAAAAAUUAAUUAAUCUUUAGUUACUUCAAAGAAAUUAUGUUACUUCUGGGUACAUGUAUUGCCUUGCUUGUCACAUCUGCAGUAGUUGAUGGUACUGCUGUGCUAGUCAAACGUUCAUUAACAUACGGUGAUAACAUCACAUUUAGUAACACAAACAACAGAUCUGUUUGCAACACAUAUGGAGCGAUUUAUUCUGCAAGGCGUUCUUAUGGUAAUACUGUGGUUUGCUAUUGUCCCAAAUCAAAAAGCGUAUUUUACAGUGUAAAUGCCAACCAAAAGCCAUCUUGUUAUAAACCAAAUGCCAAUAACUUAGGUUGUACAUCGUGUGAAGACAGUUGUUUCAGCAGAAUUACUACGGAUGCAACACCCAUAUACUGGCACGGUCAUAUAGACAGCUUCAAAUGCCAUAUUAGUGGAAGGUACACAAUUCAGAAAUGGAAUGGUAAAAAUUGGGAAAACUUUGAAAGAUUUAAUGAUUUUUCUGUUAGUUUUGGCACUACUAGAAUAAACGGAACAACCCGCUCCACCGCUAAGUUGAGUUGGGAUCAUUCCUCCGUAAACGCAGCAUAUUCUGAUUACAAGGGACAUUUGUUCUUAAUAACAAUCUACUGCAGCGAAAAAAAAUUAGUAUGCUUUCUGGCCAGAGCAGCAGGAACACAAUUUUAUCAAUUAUUUGCUCAAGACUCGCCCCCUGUCGACGAAAAUAAAAGCGAUUCUAAAUCGCAAGCCAUAGGGAUUGGAGUAGCUUUAGUAGUAUUGCUUGUUCUGUUGAUUUCUAUCAUCAGCUGCUGCGUAUGCAAAAGGUACGUUUUUGUUUAUAUUCCACGUUAUACAAGUAUUCUCACUAAGAAUAACGCCUUCUAGA